GAAAAACGUAAAAAUAUUUUUUCUUUCAAAAUUACUGUCAUAUUACGAAAAAUUUAAAAGUUAUUUAAAAAUUCCUUCAACCGUAAAUAGAGUAAGAAAAAGUGAAAAUGACUGAUGAAAUGGAUAAACUAGCUAAAGUAGACGUUUUUGCUGUUGGCAAGACCAAGUAGCAACAGGCAACAAGACAAAUGGUAUCUGGCGAGACCGCUCUGUGACACGACGUCAUGUCGACCACAGUAUUCUUUUAAGGAAAAGCUAACCUUUAGCUAGACCAGGAUUUGACGCUUUUGACAUGUCAGCACCAUUAUUAGUACAAAUGAAUUCAGCGGGUAAAUGGGAAAAUUGUAAACCGGAUAAUAUGGAUGAAGAAAAGCUAAAAGCAGUAAUCCAACAUCUAGUGAACUCUAAAUCAAUCUCUGCCGCUCAAAGUUAUUGCUACCAGUGUGCAGCUGAAAAUCAGAAAGUAAGUGGAAAAUCAAACUUUGUACCAGUAAUCAUGAUGCCUAUAUAUCCCGCUGACGAAUGUCCGUUCGAUAUGAAAUGUGAAAUAGAAAAAAUGAAGGAAACUGUUAAAAAGCCGACAAAGAAAGCUGUAACUAAAGAACAAGAAAAGCACGUAGAAGAUAACAAGGAUAAAAAGAAAAUAAAAAAACGAAACUUUGUUCUACAACGUCUCACUGAUUUUGAUUUACUUUCCCAAUGGUAAUAAUAAAAUAGCAACAUUUUAAUUUUUUUAAGGAAUGUAGAUUUCGCAGUAAAUGUCAUUUGUUUUAAAAUUAAAUCUACUGAUUGA